CAGUCUGAGCUGACCCACAGACUCAUAAAAACGAACAGGGCCCCGGGCCCCGUCACCUGGGCCAUCCCAACUCUUGAACCAAAGGUGCAAGGACUUGCUCACAUCAAGGACCCGGCUGCUUUCUCGGGGACCAAGAAACUGGGCUUUUGUGUCUGUGUUCACGCUGGCAAUCCAUGAGGUUUAAUAGAUUACAUUGGGAAAUUAGGUCUGUGAAAACGCAGGCAGUCAGCUCAGACGGGCAUCAGUCAGCAGCAGAGCUGGAAUUCAAGUCUGACUCCAGACCACGUGUUUCAAGGCCAGCAGAGACUCCGGGGAGGCUGUUCAGGCCCUCCAGGUCGGGUGUUGACAGAAAGAAUGUUCAAACAUCUUCAGAAAUGGUUUGUCACUCACUUUCUUGGUCAUUCUCGGAGAAGAGCAAGGCUGGUCUCCAAAGAUGGAAGGUGUAACAUUGAAUUUGGCAACGUAGAGGCACAGUCAAGGCUGAUAUUCUUUGUGGAUAUCUGGACGACUGUGCUGGACCUCAAGUGGAGAUACAAAAUGACCAUCUUCAUCACAGCCUUCUUGGGGAGCUGGUUCUUCUUUGGCCUCCUGUGGUAUGCGGUCGCCUACAUUCACAAAGAUCUCCCUGAGUUCCACCCUUCCGCCAACCACACGCCUUGCGUGGAGCACAUUAAUGGCCUGACCUCAGCUUUUCUGUUUUCUCUGGAAACGCAAGUGACCAUUGGCUAUGGAUUCAGGUGUGUGACGGAACAGUGCGGCACUGCCAUUUUUCUGCUUAUCUUCCAGUCUAUUCUUGGAGUCAUCAUCAAUUCUUUCAUGUGUGGCGCCAUUUUAGCCAAGAUCUCCAGACCCAAAAAACGUGCCAAGACCAUUACUUUCAGCAAGAACGCAGUGAUCAGUAAGCGGGGUGGGAAGCUCUGUCUCUUGAUCCGAGUGGCUAAUCUUCGGAAGAGCCUCCUUAUCGGCAGUCACAUAUACGGAAAGCUUCUGAAGACCACCAUCACUCCUGAAGGAGAGACCAUUAUUUUGGACCAGAUCAAUAUCAACUUUGUGGUUGACGCGGGGAAUGAAAAUUUAUUUUUCAUCUCCCCACUGACAAUUUACCAUGUCAUUGACCACACUAGCCCCUUCUUCCACAUGGCAGCAGAAACCCUUCCCCAGCAGGACUUUGAAUUAGUGGUGUUUUUAGAUGGCACGGUGGAAUCAACCAGUGCUACCUGCCAAGUCCGGACAUCCUAUGUCCCAGAAGAGGUGCUCUGGGGCUAUCGUUUUGCUCCCAUGGUGUCCAAGACCAAGGAAGGGAAAUACCGAGUAGAUUUCCAUAACUUUAGCAAAACAGUGGAAGUGGAGACGCCUCAUUGUGCCAUGUGCCUUUAUAAUGAGAAAGAUGCUCAAGCCAGGAUGAAGAGAGGCUAUGACAACCCCAACUUCAUCUUGUCCGAAGUCAGCGAAACAGACGACACCAAAAUGUAACAGUGGCUUUUCAACACGAGUAAAGCAAAAUCUCGAAGAUACCUAGCGACUAGAAACAUUAUGGAGCAAUCAACAAUUUGCGGGUAUGACAGUGGGACAAGAGCCUUUAAAAUCUCCCUGCACAAUGUCCCUGAACCCCAUAACCAUGAUCCUACAAGACAUAUAGCUCUACAAGGCAACUGCAUGAGAACAUGCAAUGGGUUUAUAGGAAACUGGAAUAUGGGGGCCAUAGGAGCUCACAUAAAAUCUUGAAUAGGAUUAUUUGAAAUCACGCAGUGUUGAUGGGAACAGACAAAAAUCAUUGAAAGCCUCAUGGACAGACCAAAUGAGAUCUUUUUAAGAGUCUUCCCAAAGAAGAUAUAAGCUUUAGAAAGGAUCAGGGGAAAACGAUAUUCUUAUUUUGGUUCUACUGAUAAGAAAGAAGCCACGUUUAUUUUAACAUUGGCUUGUAUCAAAGGAAAAAUUGUCUUCUGAGUUGGGGGAGAUGAACCAAUCAAAGUAAUAAGAAAAGACGGAUGCACAGUGAACAUUUGUGAGGCACUGGCCUUCUCCAGCCCUGGUUGUUGGCGCUUUCAUCUAAAUCUGGGUCAUGCUGUGUUUCCAGAGGAGCAGGGGGUAGGCUUGGCCCGUGGACUCCGCAUCUCUACGUACCGGAGAGGAGCACAGGGCCCAGCCGGCUUGAUGGUACCUCCAGACCCUGUGGCCAAGCUGGGUGUUGCCCCAAGGACAUUUAGACAGAGGCUAAAUCACCACUCUAGAAUCUCAAUGAACACUUUGCUGCAAGAAAGAAUGUUUGAUUUGAAAAUGAGGGUGAUAUUUCUUCCAAUUUGUGUUAGAUGGGAUAAGGGGCUUCAGAUCUGUUAAAACAGUAUUUCCUGAUCUUCCAAGAAGGCAGUGAGGAGUUUGAAGGAGCAAAGACAGUUUAGAAGGGAAAAUACUGCUAAUGCUUCUGAGAAAAAGAUGUCUUGUGUUUGUCACCUGAGGGUUUGUAACUGAAAUGCUGUUUCUAAAGGAGAAGAAGUAUGAAAGGGAAGGGAAUGGGAUAUGACCCCACAGUAAGGAAAGUGCUAGGUCUUCCUUCCUCUGAGGGCCAACACCACAUCUUCAUCAAAGAGACCAAUGUAAUAUAAAGAUUGAUCUGCAGGGGAAGGUUUUACUGUGAAUGUCUUGUUCAGUUUCCUACUUACGUUAUUUUGAAUGUAUACUGGAAAAG